AUGCGGAAUCCUCCUCCAGAAAUAAUAGCCACCUGGCCAAAGCCGAACUAUGUCAACCCCGAAUAUCAAGGCCCGCAGGUGGCCAUUGUGGGAAUCACUCUCUUGACUUUAUCUGUCAUUAUUGUGUGCCUGCGGAUGUAUGUGCGAAUCUGGAUGAGACGGUCAGCUUCAUGGGAUGAUUGGCUCAUGGUCUCUGUGAUGCCUGUCGUGGUCGCUGCAACAGUUGUGAGCAUCGUCGCUACACAUUACGGAUGGGGAAUUCAUAUAUGGGAUAACAAAAAAGAAUGGCUCCGACCGUCGAGGAAAUUGAGCUGGGCAAGCCAGGUGCUUUAUAUUACUAUCAUGCUGCUGGUUAAAUCCUCGAUUCUUACCUCCUACCUUCGCUUCUUCACUUCCAAGCCGUAUAGAGUCGCAACCUAUGUGAUGCUGGGUGUCCUAGUAGCCUGGUGGACAUCAUAUGCUUUUGCUUUAUUUUUCAACUGCAGGCCUCUCCGGGAUUAUUGGGACGCCCCGCGGGACGCUAAAUGUGUUGAUGAGCUGGGAAAGAUGUUUUCUGCAUCAAUAACGAAUUUUGUUACGGAUUUGAUAGUGCUCAUUCUACCAAUACCGACUCUUUGGAAGUUACGUCUUCCUAUUAAGGAUCGAGUGAUCUUGAUCAUUUUGAUGAGCCUAGGUUUGAUUGCCUGCGUCGCCUCCGCUCUGAAAACAUACUAUACAUACAGGGCGAUUGUCAUUACUUACGAUGUUUCCUGGGAAGGAUACAAUGUGUGGCUUUGGAGUGACUUCGAGCUUAACUUGUCUGUUAUCUGCCCAUCGAUACCGAUUCUACGUCCAUUUGCACAGAAAUACCUGCCCCUUUUGGGAUUCAAGACCUUGCACCAUCAUAGCGGCGACCCGGAUCACUCCUACCAAAAGGACCACAAGAACCCCAAAGCAAUUUAUAGGAAAGACACCCUGAAGCAAAUUAGUGAGAGAUAUGGAACGGGUGAUUCUAUCGAGGCGCUCGAAUUGGGGGCCACACCCGGAGCCGCAAGAAGCGAUGAAACCGGAUUGGAUACUCGGCCAGGCUCGCGCCGUCGGCCUAAUGACUGGCUAUGA